GUUCGAGAGGAUAACAAGAAAGAACAGAGAGAAAAAAGACUGAACUAAAAAGAAGAAGAGAAAAAAACCAUGGCUUCUUCUGCAAUAAUGGCGACUCUUCAUCUCCAGGGUCUGAAUUAUCUUCUAUACAAGAAGCCACAAGCUUCAAAAAUGGUAAUCCGCUCGGUUUUCUUGACGAGGAGCGGCCAUUGCCAGCCUCCUCGAGCUCAAUUGGGGGAACCCAGGUCACAGAACCUAGCUUCUUUGAGCCGAAGGCUUUUCCUCUCUGAAACGGCCGCCAUUUCGGUGGCUUUGCCUUCUCUGGUGAGGUUUGAGGGAGAAGCUAAGGCAGACGACGGGCUUUCAGAGUGGGAAAGAGUUUAUUUGCCAAUUGAUCCUGGUGUUGUGCUUCUUGAUAUUGCCUUUGUGCCUGAUGAACUUAAUCAUGGUUUUCUUUUGGGUACAAGGCAAACUAUUUUGGAAACAAAAGAUGGAGGAAACACGUGGUUUCCUCGUUCAAUUCCAUCGGCAGAAGAUGAAGACUUUAAUUACAGAUUUAAUUCCAUCAGCUUCAAGGGCAAAGAAGGUUGGAUUGUGGGUAAACCAGCUAUCUUAUUGUACACCUCAAAUGCUGGAGAAAGUUGGGAAAGAAUACCUCUGAGUAAUCAACUUCCUGGGGAUAUGGUGUAUAUCAAAGCAACUGGUGAGAAAAGUGCAGAGAUGGUCACAGAUCAAGGAGCGAUUUAUGUCACUUCAAACAGAGGGUACAAUUGGAAAGCUGCAGUUCAAGAGACCGUUUCGGCUACUCUUAACCGAACAGUUUCCAGUGGCAUUAGUGGUGCAAGUUACUAUACUGGAACUUUUAAUACAGUAAAUCGCUCUCCUGACGGAAACUAUGUUGCUGUUUCGAGCCGUGGAAAUUUCUACCUGACUUGGGAGCCUGGGCAGCCAUAUUGGCAACCACACAACAGAGCAGCUGCACGAAGAAUACAAAACAUGGGGUGGAGAGCUGAUGGUGGACUUUGGCUAUUAGUACGAGGUGGUGGACUGUAUCUUAGCAAAGGAACCGGGAUCACAGAGGACUUUGAAGAAAUUCCAGUACAAAGUAGGGGUUUCGGCAUUCUUGAUGUUGGUUACCGUUCAAAGGAUGAAGCUUGGGCAGCUGGAGGCAGUGGCAUUUUAUUGAGAACAAUGAAUGGUGGAAAGACUUGGAUCCGGGACAAAGCUGCCGAUAGUAUUGCUGCAAAUCUCUACUCUGUAAAGUUCAUCGACGAAAAGACAGGGUUUGUUUUGGGGAAUGAUGGAGUGUUACUGCGGUACCUCGGCUAGUAUUGUUUUGCUUGUUAAGCAAUGUAAAAGUUACAACUAUGAUGCAUUUCAUCAUAAGAAUGAUAUGAAGCAUUCUUUGCCUCAAUGAAUCGAUCCAUGCGAAAUAAAUUUUU